GUCACUUUGCGGCGACAGAUCGGCCUCAAGAAGGAUCAGUACUAUCUGAAUAAGAAGAUCGUCACGCGUUCCGAUGUGAUGAAUGUGUUGGAAAGCGCCGGCUUUUCGCGCAGUAAUCCCUACUAUAUUGUCAAACAGGGAAAGAUCAACCAAAUGGCCACCGCUCCCGACCCGCAGCGGCUUAAGAUAUUGCGAGAAGUGGCCGGAACUCGCAUUUACGACGAGCGCAAAGAGGAGUCGCGCGUCCUCUUGAGGGACACCGAAAACAAAUUGGAGAAAAUCAUUGAUCUGUUGAAGUAUAUCGAAGAACGCCUGCAGACGCUGGAGGGCGAGAAGGAAGAGCUCAAAGAGUACCAGAAGUGGGACAAAAUGAGACGAGCGCUCGAAUACACCAUUUAUAACAACGAGUUGGAGGACUCCCGCAAACGGCAGCGCGAAUUGGAGACCCGGCGCGAGACCAGUGGUAUGGUUACCGAAAAGCUAAGGGAAGCGCUUCAGGGCUCCACCGAUAAGAUCAAGGAAUUGAGUCGCGAUUUGAGAGAAGUUCGCACAAAACUGCAGACCUUUCGGGACGAGAAGGAAGCGCUACAACACGAACACUCGUCCUUUCUUAAGGAGAAGACCAAACUCGAGCUCCACAUCAAAGACCUCAAAGACGAGGUCGAAGGCGACGCCUCGUCCAAGAAGAGGGCCGAAACCGAGUUGACUGCACUUCGGGAGCGAAUCACCGAAAAACAGGCGGAACUGAACCAAAUUAGACCCGAAUAUGAAGAGAUGAAGCGAAUGGAAGAGGACUGCACUCGAAAACUGAGUCUCAAAGAACAGAAACGAUCGGAACUCUACGCCAAACAGGGAAGAGGCUCUCAAUUCACGUCUAAACACGAAAGAGACAAUUGGAUCCAAACUGAGUUGAAGUCUUUGCGGCGUAACAUUGCCGACAAACGCGUGCAGAUCGACAGACUUGGCGCUGACCUCAAGAAAGACGCCAAAAGGAAGGAAGAAUUGGAGGCCAAAAUUGAUGAAUUGACAAAAGAGUUGGAAAACAACAGAUCGAGUAUUGAUAACCAAAACAAGACUUUCUAUGAUAUGAAGAAGAAGAAGGAUUCGCUACAAAAUGAGAGAAAUGAUUUGUGGCGUCAGGAGAACUCAAUGCAACAAAACCACAAUAUGUUGAUCGAAGAAAAAGCCAAAAAAGACCAACUCUUGCGGUCAAUGGUCGGGAAGACGAUUCUGAACGGAAGGGAUUCCGUGCGCAAAGUGUUGCAGAUAUUCCGCGAGAGGGGCGGCAGCUAUGACUCGGUGGCCAAAAACUAUUACGGAAUGCUUAUCGAGAAUUUCGAUUGCGGUAAAGAGUUCUACACAGCGGUGGAGAUGACGGCCGGCAAUAAGCUGUUCCAUCAUAUCGUGGAGAACGACAAAGUGGGCACAAGAAUACUCCAG